AUGGAUCUCUCUCUAGCAGAGUUGCAGUUCAAGGAGAACAUGUCACUGCCACAUUGUACCACACUUCAGCAAUGGGGGUAUCCUGAUUCUGAAGGCUACAGCAGCCUGUCCCCAACAUCGUCCACAGACUCCUUCAGCUUUUCCCCUCCGUAUCAAUCCUGCGCCUUCCCUGAAGGGACCUACAGCAGCAUUCAAGCAGCUCUGUGUCAGGCGCAAGUUUUGCAAAGUAGACAGAAGGAAGUGCCAGCCAAAAAAAGCCACAAAAUAAGAAACAGGACAGUUCCUAACCAGCGACAAAGUGCCAGUGAGCGGGAGAAGAUGAGGAUGAGGAACCUGUCCACUGCUACUCAGCAUCUGAGAAGAUACCUGCCCGCGGCAGUGGCACCAGUUGGUAAAACCUUAACAAAAAUUGAGACCCUGCGCCUAACAAUUCGCUACAUUGCGCAUCUCUCUGAAGUUCUUGGCCUGGAUGAUGAGACACUUGUCAAUAGAAGGGAAGAACAACUCAGGAGAACCACAUGUCCAGUGGGUCUCAGCUGCUGUCAAGGCAACUUACAUGAAACCUGCUCGGUGACAGGAGCACAGAUACCAGAAACCUUUCCUCAUUACUCUAGUUCUCCAGCAAUAUUUCCAGAGCAGACGAGACUCGGGGCCAUGGACACAAAUUUCUCCUUAGCUGAGAUGCAGUCUCCUAAAUUCACAGAGCAAGGGCUGGCAGAGCAGGGAGCAAGGUUCUCUCCAUGUUUCAUGAGCUCCACACCAGCAAUAUCAGACAUGAAAGAGGAACUUGCUACGCAGCCACCUAUUUCUCCAGACCUGGGCUUCUCACAGGAUGUCAUCGAUGACAUGUGGGACGAACUUGAAAAGAAAGAUCUCUGGAGAACAUUUGAAACAUGUGAAUCCAACCAGAUACAGGAUUUCUGCUAA